AUGGAAAGUACAACUCCAUUUCAACCUUGGGCAGCAGAUGAUAAUUCGAAAAAUGUUAAAACUGAAAGAGAAUUAGUGGAUGACGCGAAACUUCAUCGGGAAAAUGUCAAUCAUCCAAAACAUAGGCAAACUGCGUCUUACGAUAAAGAUAGUGUCGUUGUUCCUGCUGCCGUUCCUGGACCGUCAAGUGCUACUACCAGUGGUAUCAGUCCAGUGGGCGGUAAAGUCUCUAAGAUGGACUCUAGCAAAGUAGCCUCCAUGCAGCAAAUCGUCGAGAACACUCUCAGUCAAGAAGGUCGACAAAGAGUGUCACAACUUUUGGAGGCAGUGGAGGCUCUGAGUGGAGCGGAGAGGCUUCUAUUGUAUCUCCGGCUACCAACUGGUGUACCUCCACAUGACCCACUCAAACAACCAAUCAACCCUUUGGGUUCUAGAGCUGAAUUGCAACAAACUGUAACAUGGAUACAAACACACUUGGAAGUUGAUCCCGAUGUCUCACUACCUAAACAGGAUGUUUACGAUGAAUAUAUUGCUCAUUGCAUGAGUAGCAACAUGAAGCCUUUAUCAACUGCAGAUUUCGGCAAAGUGAUGAAGCAAGUGUAUCCGAGUGUGCGUCCGCGUCGGCUGGGGACACGAGGCAAUUCAAGGUAUUGUUAUGCUGGUCUUCGUAAAAAAGUCAAACUUGAAGUACCGCAAUUACCUGACCUGGGCGAAACAUCGAAGGAGCCAAGCGUAAUGCCAAAAGAACGGGAAAGGAUAGUUUGUGAUUGGGCCGAAACGAAAUUUGGUAUAAAAUUCGCAAAUAUAAUGGAGUUGUCGCGUCACGUGAUGGCGAGCGCCACGCGCGCGCCGCUCGGCCCCGCCAGCGCCUCGCCGCCUCUCAUGUCUACUCACGCAUCACCAGAAGACGUGCCGGGUCCCCAAAUGAUGAAACAACAGCUCAAACGUAAAAUUGUUGGUACACCGGGGACACCGGGACGUCCAAAGAAGAACAAGGGUCCGGAAGUCGCCGGCGAGUCUCCGCCGUCCACCUCGUACGUAAGCCAGCACCCCGUCAAGCACGAGAGCGAGCUGCCGCCGGAGCCCGCUUACACGUACCAGUCUUCGUACGUGUACGACGUGCGCCCCUCCUUCCCCUACACGCCGCCGCGCGCGCACCCCCCGCACCCUCCGCCCGCGCCGCACGCGCCGCCCGCGCCCUACGCGUUCGAGCCGCCCUACGCGCACCGCGACCUCGCCGCGCACAACCUGCCCAUCAACCUGAGCAGCGACGCGUCGCUCGACCUGUCCACCGAGCGCACGGAGUGGCCGCGCCGCCGGCCGCCCGACCCGCCCGCCGCGCCCGCGCCCUCCGCGCGCCUGCCGCUGCCCGGCAAGAAGCUCAUCCUGGAGACGUACCAGAGCGAGACGCGCGCCGGCUCGCCGCGGCCGCCGCCCGACGCGCGCCCCGCCGAGUACCUGCCCAAGAAAAUGCGCGCCGCCGAGAUACUGGGCGGCAAGCUGGCGGCCGCACGCUUCUCUCUCGCCGAGCCCUCCUCGUCCGCCGCCGCCCACGCCCCCGCCCACACCGCCGUCGCCGCCGAGCCCUCCGUCCGACCUGAGGUUGCUUUUUUAGAGGAUCCAAAAAACUUAACGAGCCGGUCCAAAAGCACCGCCGCGGCGCUGGCCCGGGAGGAACAGGAGGCGGCGAGCCCGACGCGCGCGGCGAAGGCCCCGCCGCCUAGGGGCGAGCGCGCCAGGCCGCGCCGGCCGCGCGCCUCGCCGGACUCGUGCUGCGGCAUCGACGGCAUCAACAUCAAGUCCGGCAUGAUCUGCCAGGAGGGCCACUCGGAGAUCCUCAACCGCGAGCGCGUCAUCAGCAUCUGCAACAUCGACAAACACGACCUCGACGACUACCUCAACGAGGGCAACAGCCAGGAGCACGAGGAGGAACUGCUGCAGUACUUCCCGGCACUGCAGCGCGAGGCCGAGCGCGACGCGCCGCACGCCCCGCACGCGGAUGAACAAUCCGCUUUUUUAGAAGCAGGUCCGGACCCACAUGAUGAACAUAGUCAAGGAAAUAGUGAGAAAAUUUCACAAUUGCGCGCACUGUUGGCGAAAAAUCUUAAAAAUCAGAGUGGGUCCACUGCUCAGAACGCGUUAAACGAUCAAGAGUCGGGAGUUUCUAUUGAAAAUGACCAAGAAUCCCACGUCACUAAAAAUAUAAUAUCAGAAGGAGCGUUCAAGCCUGUCGGUAAUGUUUUAGAUAUAGUGAACGGUACCAGUAUAUCCAAUGAAAAUGAACUUAUUAUAAAUAAAAACUGUGAUACUAUAGCGAAUGAAAACGGAAUUUCUGAAACGUGCCCUGCAGAAAAUAACCACAGCCAGCUAGUGACGUCUGUCGGAUCACAUCUGUAUAACGGCAACUGUCACAAUGAACCUCAAAGUCCAACUACUAGAACUCAGCAAUAUGAUUUCGUACCUAUUUCCGAUGGAUGUCAGUCACCGGGUAAUUUCAAUUCGAAAUCUCCUCUUGGCUUUGGGCAUCGAGGCCAUAGUCCGACGAAAACGAGUAAACCAAUAAUUAUGGGAGGAUCCUUGCAAACAUCACCUAUAUCACACAGUACGGCUGCUAGCCCUUUUGUUAGUCCUAGAAAUACUCCAGUUCCACGCUCACGAUACUGUUCCCGCCCUAUACCAAAACACAACGGCAGAAAACGACGCAACCCCCUGACUCUCGGAGUUAACGAUUCUUGUCCUAAACAGUUCGCAAUACCAAAUGAUCAAAAAUUUAUAUCUUCGAAAACACCUACAAGUGGGCCUAAUAUUAAAUAUUGCCAGCCGAUGUCAGCGCCUCCUUCACCCAAUAUCCUUUCACAUUACAAACAAACGUUGAUACAAAAUUCAGGCAUGCAAAACGGCAACAACGUUUGUUUAAACUUCGUACCAAAUACAUGUCGAGAUAAUAUGAACGGUGAGAUUGCUCAGCCGCUAUCAGCAGAUCCAUUAUCGAGUGAAAUAAGCAGAUUUUUUCAAGAACCCAUGGUUAAUUACAGAAUAGGCCACGACACAUCGUUCAGAUCACAAUCCGUUCCACUUAAACAAGCGCCGAUGAGUCUUGGCUUGUUGAGUUACAACACGACCCCCGUCGGCUCCGUUCCACCGACGCCUGUGCCUAAUGAAUUUUGUGACUUCGGCCCAUUAGCUGAAACUUGCGAUAUAUCUAAAGCCGGUCUCAAUUCUGAAACUUUGGAUAAAAUAUACGAUGCUAUCGACAGUAGCAACGAUGUACUUAAUUCAGGGACGUCGGCAGGCAUUUUGAAUACUGGCGAUGCUCUGACUAAUAACGGUUGUGAGUCUUUGGCCGAUCCUCUCACGGACGAACAGUUAAGUUCUCUUAUUCCAAGCGGUGGCGAACUGCUCGAUAGGAGUGCUCAGUUCAGCGAAUCAUUUCCCAACGACGCUUGCAGUAACGUUGAAGACUUUUUAAAGCGAACGAAUAGAAUAGAUUACAUCGAAAUACCAGAUCUAGAAAUGGAAAAGAAUAAAUAUUACACUUCGCGCUCAGUGCCAAGUACGCCUUUACCCUUCAAACGCGCGGCCCCAAACCUACAAAUCAACUCGCGUCGUUCGAGAGAAUUAUUCGCAACUGAUACAUACUCUAACAUUUCAAAUGGUAUAUCGUCCAAGUCGGUACCCUCAACGCCUCAGUUGGUCGAGGACAGGAGCGUUUUUAGUUACAGUAAUAGAGACUUUCUCAUUAACGGCAAUUCCGUAGAACUCUGUACUUCGAAUCAAAUUCGGUCAGUGGUAGAAAACGACCAGUUGACAUCUCCCCUCGACAUAUUGCGCGAAGAUAUAUUAGACCCUCUAACGCCAGCGGCGGACUUACUGGCCGACCUGGACAAAAUUGACGGAACCCCGUAUGUUGACCUC